UCGGCUCGUUCGGGGAUUCGAGUUCCAUUGGGUGGGAUGGGCGGGGGAGAGUUUCACUUCGCUGCUGUUGUCCGAUCCCGUUGACGUCAGCUUACCAUUGGAUCUCUAGCUGUUGGCGUCGUCCCUAGUGUCUCUGCCUACAGCCAUUCCGCGUACGCAAAGUGCGUGGUGUUUGCCUCCCGGUGCCGAAGAGUCGAACAAAAGGAUCCUUAUCUGCAUUUCCCCCAGAUUGAUCGAGUUCUGACAUUCCCUUCUCCCUUAUCAACCUUUUUCCAGAAUCAAGGUAGCAUUCUUAUCUGGAAAAUCAAUUCAAAAUGAAAGCUGUUGCAGCCCUGUCAUGCGUGGCCGUUGCCAACGCAUUUAUCCUUCCUGAUCCUAAGAUUUUCGAGCAAGCGGCCAUCAAGAACGAUGACCACGCUAAUCGAGGUUCCUGGUGGGACCGCGUCCCUUCCAAGGACUCCAUCGUGAACACUGUCGAAGAUGGUAUCGAUUCCUUGUCCGCACACAUUGAGGGUGCAUUGCACUCUUUCGAAGAGACCGUCGAGAAUAAAUUUGACCACCUUUUCGAGGAGGAGAUUUUCAACGAACCCAAGGUCUCCGACAAAACCAUUUACGAGCUCAUUUCGAAGAGCGAGCACACCACCGAGUUUGCCAAACUUGUCAAUGAAUACGAGGACAUUGUCAACGUUUUGAAGAGCACAGAGGCGAAUCACACACUUUUCGUACCAACGAACCGCGCCUUCGAGCAUCUGCCCAAGCACAAGAAGCCCAGCAAGGAGGUCAUUGAAGCCAUCUUGAAGUACCACGUUGGGAUUGGCGACUACGAUGCGAAGAGGGUCCUCCGCACCCACACUCUCCCCACGCUGCUCAAUGAGAAGUUCCUCGGCGACAAGCCCCAGCGUCUUCGCACCAGCGUCGGGCUCGGCGGCGUGCGCAUCAACUUCUACGCCAAGGUCGUUGCCGUCAACAUUCGCGCCAAGAAUGGAAUUAUUCACGCUGUCAAUAGCCUGAUCAUCCCGCCACCCAUGGUCGGCCGCGAACUCACCCUUCUGCCCAGCCAAUUCUCCACGCUCUUGCUCGCAUACGAGAAGACCGACUUCGUCAAGUACAUUCACGGUGUCAAGUCCACCGGCACCACCGUUUUCGCCCCUUCCAAUAACGCUUUCGCUCGCCUUGGACCCAAGGCGAAUGCGUUCCUGUUCAACACCGACCUCGGUCUUAAGUACCUGAGAGCCUUGCUCAAGUACCAGAUCGUCGGCAAUGCGACCCUCUACAGCGACGCGCUGUACCGCCCCGAUGAGAAGAAGGAUGUUAACACCAUGGAGCACUACCACGUUGAUCUUCCCACUUUGCUGGGCAAGAACAUCGCUGUCGAUGUUGCCACCUGGGGCGGCUGGACCAAGGUCAAGCUCAACGGCUACAUCCCCAUUGUCGUCGCCGAUGGAAUUGCCAAGAAUGGUGUCAUUCACGUCCCCGGCCGUGUCCCCAUUCCUCCCCACAAGCACAAGGUCGAUUACGUUGACGGCGAGAUUGAAGUCGAGGACUUGAAGGAGAGACUCUCCGAGUACAUCGAUGAGAAGGAGAACGAUGCUAAUUGGCUCGGCGAGGAAUUGUAGUGGCUUGUGUACAUGUAUCCAUCAGAUCAACAAAUAGCCGCCUGCCAUCAGUAAUUUGAAUAACAAACGCCAUAAUGCGGGAUCUUAGCGAUACAUAUGUGCCUCCGCGAACUUCAUGGAGUAUGCCCCGACUGACUAUGGCCAUGCCUCUUCCA